AUGGACCCCUCCACGCGGCUGUCCACCCAGAAGAAGGCGCCACACCACUACACCACCAGCCAUGGCAGCGAGGACCUGGAGGCCGCCCCGGGCCACCUCGAGGAGGCCCGCGUCUUCCAGCAGGGCCUCCACCAGCGCCAUAUCCAGAUGAUUGCCCUGGCCGGCACCAUCGGCACGGGGCUGUUCCUGAGCUCCGGGCGCGCCAUCGCCCACGCGGGCCCCCUGGGCGCCUUCCUGGCCUACUCCCUCAUGGGGCUGGCCGUGUCCAGCGUCGUGUUCGGCGUGGGUGAGAUGGGCGCGCUGGUGCCGCUGGCCGGUGGAGUGAUCCGCUACGCGGAGAUCUUCGUGGACCCGGCCCUGUCCUUCGCCAACGGCUGGAACCAGAUCUACUCCUACCUCGUCUCCAUCCCCUCCGAGAUCGUCGCCGCCGCCGUGGUCAUCGAGUUCUGGACCACCAUCAACAAUGCCAUCUGGAUCACCGUGUUCGGCCUGCUCAUGCUGGUCACCGCGCUGCUGUUCGUGCGCGUGUACGGCGAGCUCGAGUUCGGCUUCUCCCUGCUCAAGAUCGUCCUGAUCGUCGGCAUCAACCUGAUGGCCCUGGUCAUCACCUGCGGCGGCGGCCCCGACCACACCAGCAUCGGCUUCCGCUACUGGCGCGACCCCGGCCCGUUCGUGCAGUACCUGGGCAUCGGGGGCUCCCUGGGCCGCUUCCUGGGCUUCUGGACCGCCCUCAACAGCGCCCUGUACUCGUACUCGGGCAUCGAGAACAUCACCAUCGCCGCCUCGGAGACGCGCAACCCCCGCCACGCCAUCCCCAUGGCGGCGCGGCGCAUCUUCGUGCGCAUCCUGCUCUUCUACGUGCUGACCAUGUUCAUGAUCGGGCUGGUGGUGCCGUCCAACGACCCGGACCUGCUGGGCUCCUCGGGCACGGCGUCCGAGUCGCCCUUCGUCAUCGCGGCGCGGCGCGCGGGCAUCCAGGUGGUGCCGUCCAUCAUCAACGCCGUGGUGCUGACGUCGGCCUGGUCGUCGGGCAACUCCAACAUGCUGGGCGGCUCGCGCGUGCUGUACGCCAUGGCGGUCGAGGGCCACGCCCCGGCCUGCUUCACGCGCAUGAACCGCUUCGGCAUCCCGUACGUCGGCGUCAGCCUGCUGGGCCUGUUCAUGGCGCUGGGCUACAUGACGCUCUCCAGCUCGGCCAGCACCGUCUUCACCUGGCUGCAGGACAUCGUCUCCAUCUCGACCCUGGUCAACUGGGGCACCAUCUGCAUCGUCUACCUGCGGUUCCUCUACGCCUGCCGCACCCAGGGGAUCGACCGGCACAAGGAGCUGCCGUGGGCGGCGCCCUUCCAGCCCUGGGGCACCUGGCUGACGCUGGGGCUGCUGGGGAUCCUGUUCCUGACGGGCGGCUACACGACCUUCCUGCACGGGGACUGGGACACCGAGACCUUCAUCUCGUCGUACCUGAACGUGCCCAUCAUCUUCGGGCUGUACUUCGGCUACAAGCUGUGGAGCAAGUCCACGAUCAUCCCGCUGGACGAGGUCCCCAUCCGGCCCUUCAUCGAGCAGUACCGGCAGAACCCCGAGCCCGAGCCCGAGCCCAAGAAGGGGUGGGCCCGGUUGAACAUCCUGUGGUCGUAAUGGAUGAUGGGGGAUGAUGAUCUGUUUGUUGUUUUUUUUUUUUUUUUUCUGUCUGUGUCAUUAGCUCUGUGUGUA